CUAAAUCUGGUGUUUUGCAUAACACUCUUGAAACGGGGAAGGGUUAUAAAAAGCAGGCACACUCUGACCAUCCACGACACACCAUUUUUUUUCUACACAGAGACGGAAAAGAGGAAAAGAAGUCAAGAUGAAACUGUAUCUUGCAGCUGCCGUGCUGUUGCUGGCUCUUGUCGCAUACACAGAGGCUCAGGAUGACUCAUUUGCAGAAAGGUUCUCAAACUUUGGGGAUCAGAUCACAGAGUUCGGCAAGAAUGUAGCUGAAAAAGCCAAGACCCAUUUUGACGCCAUUGCAACCAGUGAUUUUGCAGAGAGCACCAGGAAUUGGUUCACAGAGAAAUUCCAGCAGUUUAAAGACAAGGUACAAGAAAUGAACCAAUGAACUGGUGGCCCAGUCAAUGACCUCCCCUCUGUUCCCAACGCCCACGCUGACAGAUGACUUGCUUCUACACCAUCUCAAGGCUGAAGUCACGUCGCUCAACAAAAUGGAUGAAUUUGCCAAUUCUUAGCCUGUGAUCUUUCUUUGGGAAAACUGUGUAAAACUGCAAUAAAAUACAUGGAAUGGAAUAAAAUGUUCUGUUAUAUCAAUAUAUUUCUGUACAAAUAAAAUGAGAACUUCAAAACAGACAACAA